AUGAAUCCUCUCCCUCCCUCCCCCAGACACCUGACCGAGGUGCAGAACCUACAGGCCAAUCAGAAGCGAGAGAUCGAGGGACUGUACCUGAGGAUGGGUAAAGCCCCGCCCCCUGGUAUCGUCUCUCCAGCCGCCAUGUUGAACCAUCGCCAACGCCGCCUCUCCAAGAGCGGGAACCACCCGCCUGCUCACAAAAACAGCCUGCAGAGACUGGACGUGCUGCCCCCUGCAGGCAUCAUGAGGAAGAGCUCGCUCAGCGGCAGCAGCAGCGGCUCUCAGGAGAGAGUAGGGAAAGGAGUGACCUUUGCCCCUGAACACACCUGUAUGUGACAGAGAGCAGCUGCUGACUGAUGAGGAGGACGAAGAAAGAGGAAGAGGAGCAACACGUCGCUUUAUUAUCAAAGCUGCAGAGAGACAGACACCUGAUCUGGGUUUUAUAACCUGUCCCAGCUCCUGGAUCUGAUCUGAGACCUGGAUCUGAUCUGAUCUGAGACCUGGAUCUAGUCUGAGCCUGGAUCUGGUCUGAGCUGAGACUUGGAUCUGAUCUGAGACCUGGAUCUGGUCUGAGCUGCUGGUCCUCCUCUGACCUGGAUCAGUUGUUUCUGCAUGAACACGUCAUCAGACUCUCGCAGCUGAUUUUACACAUUUUAUAUGUUUGUGAUUGUUUGUGUUUGACUGUCAAUCAAAUCAGCUGCAGAGUUUGUGCUCGAUGUGAAUCUAUAACUUUGACGUGCUGCUCAUGAAGUCCACCUCCUGCUGUAUUCUGAGUCUGUAUCCACCGACCCAGAACCACAGCGCUCCGUAUUAAAGGGUGAUGUCAUAAAGACUUGUUGUGACGAUCGAAGAGAGACGACUGAACGAACAGAAACUCCAACAGAGCGAGCACCGCCUCGUCCUCUGGAGGAUGAAAUCAGGUGACGUCUGGCCGAGAUGUGAAGAGAUGAACAUGUGGGUUUGGACGUGUCGCACUCAGAGAUUCUGAGGACUCUGCUCUCCUCACAUAAACUUUGUUUUCAUUCUCUUGGUUUUAACACAUGUACCAUAUUAUUUUCAUUACUGGAGUGCAAUGCAUCUUGGGAUAUGUUGGACCGGGAAGGAUUCACCCCCACUGGGAACUCGUCUUUGACAUGAAACCAGAAUUUACAGGAUUCAUUUAAUCUCAGUUUGUAAAGUUUGAAUUAUUCCAAUAUUAAACCUCAUAUUUUAAAGUUUUUUGUCCAAUAAAAGUUUGA